AUGAAGUUUGCACGAUACCUCGAAGAAACACAGACUCCCGAGUGGAAGAAGGCUUACAUAGACUACCGGGGUCUCAAGAAGAAGAUAACCGCCAUUCGCCGUGCCCAAGACGAACUCAAAGCUGAAACUGGGUCCGUUCGCCCUAAUGUGAACGCAGAUACUUGUGCGCGCCCGUCGUCAAAUUCUGCAGAUGUUGCCGGGAAAAUGCCAGACUUGCAUACUUUCGCCGAUGCUAAUACGUCAGAAGAUGAAGAGGGACCGAUGUCGUCUGUUGCACAUUCAAACUCAGGUGCAAGCAUCGACAAAAGCCUUCUUCCCCGUCUCCGGCGACGUAGUACUGCUCUGUCCGUAUUCGUUCGUUCUCAGCUGCCGUCGCCUUCACAUGAGCUGCCUCAGCACCCUCCGCCCUCUGCUCCUCCUGCGACUGGCCUCUCCUCGCAGCAUACGCAAGCGUCACCGAGCGAGCAGAGAAGAGCAAAUAUUCGCGCACUAUGGUCCUUGGGAGAAAAUCCGCCUCUCCGAGAACUCCUGCCGCUCCUGACGCCGGUUCAACGUGCAUUCUUCGAGAUGCUGGAUGGUCAGCUUGAUAUGGUGGAAAGUUUCUUUUGUGCGCGUGAGCUGGAAGUCAGACAAAAGUAUGAUGCGUUGAAGGCCCAGCUGCAUGCACUCAAAGAUCACAGGCAAGCCUUCCAUGAGGCACAUCCGCACGUAUCCGCAACCCCUUCAUGGCUGCCUUUCACACUUCCACCCAUUCCAUUUGUCUUGCGUCGACUCCAUCGACAGAUGGUAAACAUUCGUCUCAAGCCUGGAUCGUCUGCGGGACGGCAUGGUAAACUCAGAAAACCAUCAUCAGAUAAGCAAACGGACCAGGAUGAAGAUGGCGGCACGGAGGAGAGGGCCAUUGGUGAAAGCGAUAGCAUACCAAGCCAUGAAAAUGGACUGGGCGAAAUUCAUUCGGUGGCAACAGUGGAAGAUGACAAUCCUGUUGGCCAUUCCAACGAGGUGGCUCUUGGAACGGAUCCCGGCAGUCCUGCGGACACAAUUGUCGAUGUUCAUGAGCUGCAGCGUGCGCAUAUUGGCUCCAAGGACAGGGCUCCCAGACGUUCUCUAUUAGAGAGUCGAACUUCAACAUUGAAUGAGGCUAGUUCCCCGCGUCCUCGUGCCAGGUUACCUCAGAUUGCUGAGGUCGCGCGUGACCCGGAUGAGUAUAUACAUGCAAAGAAGAAGCUGAGGAAAGCCAUACAAGAGUUCUAUCGCGGUGUGGAAGUGUUGAACAAUUAUCGAACGGGAUACCAGACGCUCAAUCUUAUCGGCUUCCGGAAAGCUCUGAAGAAGCUCGAGAAAGUCACACACAUACCAGCCCAACAAGCUUAUACUAUAGAGAAAAUAGAGCCGAGUGCAUUUGCGUCUGGAGCAAGCUUGAAUUCCAUGCUUCGCGAAACAGAAGACUUGUUCGCUGCCCGGUUCGCGCGUGGAGACAAGAAGAAGGCGCAGGCCCGUCUUCGUGGAGGAACGCAGCAAAAAACGCACCAUUUCAGCACGUUUAGAACGGGAAUGCUCCUUGGUCUCGCUGUUCCCGCCCUCGUUGACGGAGUGUAUAGAAGUUUCCAGCCCGAGACGCGAACAGCGAUACCAUCGUGGGACGGUCUGUUAUUCGUGUACGGGAUAUUCUCAGUCCCAGCCCUCUUCCUCCUUUUGGUUGGCAUCAACCUGCUUGUGUGGCAUAAGGCACGGAUUAACUACGUUUUCAUUUUUGAGUUUGACCUACGGACGCGUCUAGAUCACAGAGCAUACUUCGAGCUUCCGUCCCUCAUGAUUUCGACGCUCUGUUAUGCUUUCUGGUUAUCGUUUGCGCGCGUAGGCGCAAGUUCCGUCGAUCCUUCCAAUUGGGCUUUGAUCUGGCUGGCUUGGGCUAUGGCCGUUUGGCUAAAUCCCCUGCCGAUAUUAUGGAGGUCAUCACGCUAUUGGCUAAUCAGGAAUAUUGCCAGGCAGCUGACCUCUGGUGUUAGACGUGUAGAAUUUCAGGAUUUCUUCAUGGGUGACCAGUUUUGCAGCGUUGUUUUCACUUUGGGAGAUUUAUUUUUUGUUGGCUGUGCUUAUGACCGCCACCUCGGGAAUUGGCGGAUAUGCACGACAGGCCAAUAUUGGGCACCUGCGUUUGCGUUUGCGGCCAUACCACUAUUUGCCCGUUUUGUGCAAAGUAUCCGGCGAUGGGUGGACUCGCGUCUCAAUACCCAUUUGAUCAACGCAGGGAAGUAUGGUACUGGUGUCAUCUAUUACUUCAGCUAUUACCUGUGGAGAGCAACAGGAGGUCAACAUGGUCCUAGAUUCGUCGCCUGGUUGGUCCUGGGCGUCAUAUACGCCUCGUAUGCUGCCGCUUGGGAUAUCACCAUGGAUUGGUCCUUGAUGCGUCCCCACGCGAAACACCGAUUUCUGCGAUCGGACUUGAUGUACCCAUCAUAUAUAUGGUUGUACUAUUUUGCGAUUAUCUCAGAUAUCAUCAUACGUUUCGAGUUUCUUAUGUACGUCCCCCAGCAAGGGAUCAACUAUGAGAUACGGACCUGGAUCGCCGGGAUGCUGGAAAUGCUUCGUCGGUGGCAAUGGAAUUUCUUCCGAAUGGAGAAUGAGCACAUAGGUAACAUGGAUCAAUACCGUGUCACCAGAGAAGUGCCUCUUCCGUAUUCCUUCGACCAUUCGCCGCACGAAUCUGAUGGUGAUGAGGACGACGAUCCCGUAGAGCGCGCGAGCACAUCCAGCAAGUCUUGGCGCGCAUCUGGAGUGCUCGGAUCUGCAAUCUAUGAUGCUUACAAGUCAUCCGGGCAUGAUGUUCUUGGUCUUGCACAUUCAAGACCAACUGAUGAGCUUAAGAAGGUCGAUUUGCUCGACCUGCCUAAGGUGGAACAGACCUUCACCCGAUUCAAGCCCGAUUGGGUCAUACAUUGCGCUGCCGAGAGACGACCAGAUGUUGCGGAAAGGGAUCCGGAAGCAACUCAUUAUGUCUUUGAUGGAACUUCACCUCCUUACACACCUUCUGCAGUCACAAAUCCAGUGAACCUGUACGGUACGACCAAGCGCGAUGGUGAGCUUGCCGUCCUUGGUGUGGUUGGUAGCAAGAGCAUUGUCCUCCGUGUUCCCGUUCUGUAUGGACCCGCACCUCACAAUACCGAUUCGGCGGUCAACGUCUUGUUGGAUGUUGUCACGGACCAGUCGGGGAAGCAAUACAAGAUGGACCACUAUGCUACCCGUUAUCCUACAAAUGUCGUCGACAUUGCCGACUUUCUUGCGCGAUUGAUUUCUCUUCCAUCGUCGCGAGAAGUCCCUCCUAUCUUGCACUACUCCGCAGGAGAACCGUUUACGAAAUACGAAAUGUGCCUUGUUUUUUCUCGCAUCCUUAACCUGCCGCACGCACACAUCAUCCCGGAUGCAGAGCCGCCGAAGGGAGAUGCGGCUACGACACGACCUCGCGACUGUCAAUUAUAUACUCGCGAGACGGAGGACCUCAUUGAAGGCUACGGUGGCCUUGGGUGGACUCCAUUCGAAGAGUGGUGGGAAGGUCACCUCAAGACACAGCAGUGA